AUGGUCGAGUUAGACGUAAAGUUUAUGCGCCUGGCGAUUAGAGAGGCGCAUCGAUCACAGCCGUCCGCAAACGCUUACUGCGUUGGUUGUGUUGUGGUGCGCGACGGCCAAAUAUUGAGCUCCGGGUUUUCGCGUGAGCUGCCGGGUAACACACACGCAGAGCAAGUAGCAUUACAGAAACUCAACUUUGAGGCACAAAAAGCAACUGUAUACACCACAAUGGAACCGUGCAGCAAAAGAGUGUCCGGGAACGUAUCGUGCGUGCAAAGUUGUCUUCGCGCAGGGGUUACUCGCGUGGUCAUUGGUGUCAUGGAGCCAAAGACAUUUGUCGUGUGCGAGGGGGGUUCAAUUGCUCAAAAACGCGGGGGUGGACGUCAAGCUACUUGA